UACUAAAGAAGAACAAAAUGGCGAUGGAAGCAGCUCCAAGUUCGCCUCAACUGAGCACCUAUGCUCCUCAAACUAACGUUGCUGUAACCCAUGCAGUACCUUCAACUCAUAAUGCCGUUAACAUCAUCCCACCUGAACAAUCUAAAAGUCUGUUUAUAGUCGAUCCGUCACAACAGCACGCUCUACAAAUGUACGCAAAUGAUCGGGCCUUCAUGACUGCUGCCAACUCGGUCGAAUACAACGGCGGAGCUAUAACAGUCCCUGUAACGAAUAGCAAUAACCAAAUCAUGAUGAGUGGGCAGCCAAUCAGUGCCCAAAGACUUCCAGUUGCCAUGGAAACACUGGACGAGCCACUUUACGUGAAUGCAAAGCAGUACCAUCGGAUAAUCAAACGACGGCAGGCAAGAGCAAAACUGGAAGCUGAGGGAAAGAUCCCUAAAGUUAGAAAGAAAUAUCUGCACGAGUCUCGACAUCAACAUGCAUGCAGACGAAAAAGAAGUAAUGGGGGGAGAUUUGUAACGAAAACAGGCAAAGCCUUGAGAUUAGCAGAACGAAAUAACGAGAUCGAAUCAGAUGAGCAUGAUAUAGAUAAAAUGCCUAGUCAUGGACAAUUAGCAAGUGAGCAAACAACAGAAUAAAGUGUGUAAAAGGUAAACAUGAUGCUUGUAAACAUUAUUGAACACUGUAAUCCUUUAUUUCAGUCUAUUUAAGUAAUCCCACAUGCCUUAUGCAAAUAUUUACCUCGUAAUACUGCUUUAAAAAGAUGUAGAUUAUAUUAUCAUUAUUAUUAUUAUAAUUAUAUUUACCAAUAUGUCUUGAUAAGAGUUUUUUAAAAAAAGGACAACAUACAUGUUGUUCAAAUCUUAUAGAACUUAGUUUUUUUGAAUAACUUUGGUCAGGCUAAGUCUUCAACUAAGUUGCAGUAGUUUUUCUGCUUUUCAUUAUGCUUUUGUAACCCAGUGAGCUCUUGAUGCCUAUUGUUUUAUUUUCUGGGUUCAUUUGUUAAAAAGCUGGCUAGUGCAGAUUUCAUUGCUAGGAAAUCAAAGUUGUCAGCAUUAAUUUGGCUUCGGACAACUCAGUCUUUUCAACAAAGUUUGUUUGGCAGAAACUAAGGCACUUCAUAAGAAAUCUGUCAGUCAGUACAUGUACCUUUCAUAUUUUUGCGGGAGGCAGUGAAAAACCAAAUUUCAGCAUACAGUCCACAGACACAGAGUUUGCAUGUUUAUGACCAACAAAACCAACAAAACCAACAAAACAAAUGCAAUGCUUAAAUAUACUAGCUCCUAUUUCUGGGGUUAAGGAACUGGGUAAGAAUUACUAGCACAAUAUACUUUACAGGCUUUCUAAAGGCUUUACAGUAAUCAGAAUGAGAUUACCCCUUUUUUCUUCAAAUUUUUUUGAGGGAUUUAAACAAAACCUUUUCAGUUGAUUAAUCCCACAAUUUCCCAAAAAAUAAUAACAUAAAAUGUGCUUUUUACUGUAAUGAGACAUUUCUUUAUUAAUUGUUUCAAUCUCAAGUAAAUUGGAUUUCAGUGAUUAAUUUCCUUAUGGCAACAUUUUAAACUCCAAUAGAGUGUCAGGACUAGUACUUUAUUGUUCUAAAUAAUGUUGUGAAAUGUAAAUAAUUCAAGGCCUUUAUAUUAUAUUACUCAAUAGUUUUAGUGAAAAGAAUCCCCAAUGUAGAAAUAUAUGUUUUUAAAAACCUGCUUUGAUAACUUGAACACAAGUUUUGUGUAUUUUUUUUUUCAAGUAUGCUUUUUGAGUAAUGCAUGCUGCCAUUAGUAAGAGAACAAAAUGACUUUCUAAAUUUUUUUGAGGCUUACAGGGAUUGCAAAAGAACUCUCAUAAUUUCUUGAGAGAAUGUGGGAUAUUUCUUUUAAAUUUUUUUAUCAUUGAUCUCAUUUUAUGAUGGUAUGAAAGUGUUGUAUACUCUGUAUGAAUGGUGUGUGCUCAAAAUAGGUGGGUGUACGAUGACGUCAUUUGGUUUUAUCAAGAACAAUGAUGAAAUUCUUGGAAAUUUGAGCAAUAGACAAACAAACGUCAAAAGUGGCAAGAUCCUAUCGCUUUGGAAGAUCUCUGAGAAUUUGACUACAAAUCUCUUGAUAAUUUUCAAGUUAACAUUGUAAAAUUUGACAGUAAUAAUGUAUGUUGGUUGCCAAGUUGUUGCCAACCAACCUACAUUUACUGCAAAAUUUAGCAACUUUAAUUUAUUAUAUCUCCUGAACUAAUGAAGCAACUGCUCUCAAAUUGAUAAAUAUUAUCAACGUUAUGACCUCUUUAUAUUUCUUAAGUUCAAUUGUUUAUGGCUCAAAAGUUGAUUUUUGGAAAUGUAAACAAUACGCCCACCUAUAGAUUUCAGUUUCUCUUAGGACAAAAUAAAUGGCUCUGUACUAAUGCAUAUUUAAAUAGGUUACUUUUCCGUUUAAGCGGGUUGUAACUUAGAACUCUGAAGUAAAUCAUUUUGCAACUGGGAUUUAUAGUACCCAAAACAGCUUGGAAGUAAAAAAAGAAUAAAAGAGGAAAUGUUUCUUUA